AUCGUUGAUUUAACGACAUUUCUGUAUUUUACGCUCUAUACGCCACUUGUUUACUUCGUCUUCUUGAGACGUUCACUAAAUGCGAACACAUCAAAUGGUGGCGGACCAUUAUUUUCGUAUCGUAAACAAAAAGACGAAGCAAAUACCGGUGAUUUGCCAGAUACGGCCACGUAUUAUCCGCGUUUCUCAGGCCUAACGUCGCCGUCUUAUGAUGAUCUGUUUGAUUGUGACAACGGUGGUCGUAGUCGUUACGGUAUCAACUGUACGGCUAUAAUGGACGCAGAUUUGUACCAGCAAACGGAUCUGGAUCAGAUGCGAAUCGCAUCAUCGGCAGAUGAUGCUUAUGACAGCUACAAUGCACCGUUGAUGAACACGUCGUCCUCACAGCAACACACACCCGACUCGACGGUCACCACGCAUAUCGACUUCGAUUGCUCACCAGAUUUGCACUACUCGAAGUCGAAUUCAUUCGAAGAGGAACGUUUCAAUAUCGCCUCCAUGAAACCGUCUCACUACGAUGUGCAUCACACAAAUUCUAUGUGUGGCACUGGGCCGAGACAACUGCGUGGCCUGGGACCGAAUGGAACGUUGUUGUUCACUGAUGAAAACGAUAUGAUGUACCCGAAUAGGGUGAACAAUUUUAAGAAUUAG